GAACAAUCAAGAGAAGUUGCAAUCAAACCCUCAGUUUCUCUCAAAUCGAUCACUCCUAUAUCUUCACUUCCUUGCAACAAUCAACUUCAUCAUCAUCAACAUGCCUCUCACUCCAUUGAACGGCCUCUACCGAUCUUUCAAGGCCAGACAGACUAGCAAAUCCAAGUCUGAUGAGAACAUCAAACCCAUGGAAGAUCACGCCGAAGAUUCCGCAUCUGUUCUCAGCGACGCAACUACCCUGGCUCAGAGCAAGACUAGGUCCCAGAAGGGGUCCCCUUUCCAACAGGGCCCGGAUAGCAUCGACUAUGGUUCUACUCAGUACUCUAUGAGGGGCAUGUCCACACGCGCAUGAUAGUGUUAGCCACAGUUUUCACGAGGGAUACGACCUACUAGGUAUAGAACGGACUGCGUGAUGGAUAUGCAUGGAGCUUCCAUUGAUUGGAUUAUAUGUAAUACUUAAUAUCUUGUUGCAUUUGAGAAAGGAG